AUUGCCGCCUCGUCGUUGUGUGUGUCAUCGUUUAUACCUGCUGUGUGUGAUUCGUUCGAACGUUUUCGCGCCGCUUGCGGUCUAAAUCAAAAUAAACGUUUUAAAAUAUUGUGACUUGGAAUUUUGCGUAAUUUUCUGACAUCCCACGAUGCAGCGAUAGCAACCAGAUGGCGCAUAAAACAGUGACUCAAACCACCACAAAAAUGCCCAGUGAAAGUUUGGAUUUCAAAAGUGUAGUGAUGUGCUGACUAUCGAUAGUGUCACGAUGGAUUUGGAUAAUCUGACUGCGGUGGUAAACACCACGGCGACGAUCUCUUAUCCGAGAGAGGCUACCAUUUUGGCUGCCGUAUGUGCGUGCAUCUUUAGUGUAGUUGGGGUUGUUGGCAACUUCGUAACAACCGUCGCCCUCCUCAUGCACCCGAAACUGCGGACCCACGUCACAACCAUGUUUGUGCUAUCCCUCUGUGUGUCAGACCUCAUGUUCUGCGCUAUAAACCUGCCUCUGACCGCCAGAAGGUUUAUAAAAGCAGACUGGGGGUUGGGCGAACAACUGUGUCAGAUGUUCGCAUUCGUGUUUUACGGGAAUGAGGCUGUUUCUUUGCUGUCUAUGGUGGCGAUUACCAUCAACAGAUACACGUUGAUCGCGUACUACGACAUGUAUGCAUCCAUCUACACCACCACCAAGAUCUGGGUGCAGUUGCUUCUCAUCUGGCUCGUGUCCUUUGGUCUCAUGGUUCCCCCACUGCUGGGCAUCUGGGGCACCCUGGGGCUCGACAAAAAAACAUUCUCCUGCACUAUUCUCUCCGACGAAGGCGGGCACUCCCCUAAAAAGUACCUGUUUGUCUUUGGUUUCGCACUACCCUGUCUGGUCAUCAUUGUGUCCUACUCUUGCAUAUACUGGCGAGUGCGAGAGAGCAAGAGAAAGCUGGAGGGCCGAAGGUGUGUAUGUGGUAAGCUAAGCGGCCAAACAGCAAAAGAAAAAGAAGAAGACUCUCGCCUAACAACUCUCAUGCUGACAAUCUUCCUGUGUUUCCUCGCCUGUUUCCUCCCCUUAAUGAUCAUGAACGUAGCUGAUGAUAGGAUAAAAUACCCAUGGCUUCACAUAAUAGCCUCCAUUCUCGCCUGGGCCUCAAGUGUGAUCAACCCCUUAAUAUACGCGGCCACCAAUAGACAAUAUAGAGCGGCGUAUGGUAACCUUUUAAAAUUUUGCAAGACCAAUCCGGUCAUGCGACGAACGACUUUGGGAAGUCGGACCGUCGGGCAUUCGUCUAAUUCACCUCAUUAUGUGGAAAAGAGAAAUCCGACGAGGUUAUGAAUCGUUUUUUGUGGGUUUUGGUAGAAUCUCAAUGUUUUAAGUUAGAUAAGUUAAGCCUUCUGUAGUUAAGCGUAUGGCAAAGUCAAUUUGUUAGUAGAGAAAGUCGUGAAUUUUAAAAAUAACAUUGAUGGUACGAUUCGUACGUUCUUUUUACAAUUUUCUGCCUUUUUCUACUGAAGAAUUGGUUCAAUAAAACUACAAAAUUGUAACAAUAAAUUCCCUAUUAAUAAUUGUUAAUGCAUUUAAGAAAGUCCAAUAAAGGAUCACUCAACUGGGAGCCUAGUCAAGGUGAUAAUUGUUAGCGGUAAACCGACGCUAACCAAACGCUACGCAUUAAUAUGGAGAAGUGUCAUUUUGACUAGACCCCCCAAUUGCAGGUCUAAUUUAUGAUUGUGAAUUAAUCUAGAUCUGAUUUUCAACGAGAUAUGGUUCGAAUAAAUGUGAAAGAUUAGAUCCUGCACGCGGAUGAAACUAUUUUUUAUUGUAAACUUGUAAAUAGCUGUUAAUAAUGUAAAUACUUAAUAUAUAAAAGUUAUUACACGGGCAGUCACUUAAUUCAACCAUAGGCCACCAUAUUUUUAAAGCUGAUUUAGAAUUUUAUUUCCAUAUCGCUACUUCGGAAACACCUCGGCAGCUGGUUGCUUGGAUGGUAUCGCUCAAAAACAAAUAAAGAUGGGGUGGUCUAAGGUUAAUAUUGUUGUCUGUUCCUAUUUCACAUAACUUACCAGCGCUUUUACCAAAGUUAAGCAAAUACCUAAUAAUCUUAAGAACGCAAUUUGUGACAUUCCCUGUUUUAGAACUUAGAUAAGAUUGCAUUUUUAUACUGAAGAUUGUGAAGUAGGUAUCGCCAGAUGUAAAAUUGCAUGGACACCUUAUGUAUACUCAUAAUGUGUCCAUGCACUUUUGAGCUCUGUGUACAGUCAGAUGCAAAUAUAGUUGAUACACCUUCUGCAUUGAAAUGUGGUUAGUUUAUUUCUAUCAGAUAUGCCCAUAUCUGCUAGAAGUUCAAUAAAAGGCAUUUUCAUCUAGAAUUAGAUAUUCAUUCUUUUCGCAGCAGUAGCAGCUUCAUCCUUAUGCAUGAAGCAUAUAAUGAACCCUUUCGGCGUGGAACGUCACAAAUGUCUGCAAGGGGGCGUCGGCUAACCUCUGCAGUGAAAUAAAAUAACCCAAUUCCGGAAAUCUUGUAAUUUACAUUACGUAAUUUUGUUAUCUCUCAUUUCAACCUAUACUUUGAAAUAAAUCGUCACUAUUUUGAAAAAUACUUGUAUCUUCUUCUGUCAAUGAAAAGAAAAUUUUAAUAAGUAUGUAUGGAAUGCAUAUAGACUUACUGCGUUUUAACAC